CCAGGGUGGAGAUGCCAUGUAGGGUUUUACAGCGUUUGUACCUCACGCCACGGUGGAAGCGAGGAGUAGCGCCGGGUUUGAAAGUCUAAACCCAGGAUCGAGGCGGUGCUGUGGUUUUUACUGCGUUUUAAACUCAGUCUUUUUCCGCCGCGUCGCUGUUUUCCGCUCGAGUUUCGCGCCACGUAGCAGACAGACGAGCAGCACCGCUACAGCACCGCCUCACCGCUGUGUUCGGUACCCUGUUAUUACCGCACACACAGUGAGUGUUACCGCAGUAAACUUUCUCUUUGCUCUACUGAUCGCGCAUCGAUGGACACGGAGGAGUCGGGACAGCAGUCGGAUGCUGGGGGAUAUCAGGGCGGACACCGUACUGGGAACCCUGUCCUCCAUGGACACAUCCCUGAGCUCCAGGAGAGGACCAGCUCUAGUUCGCGUCUGGACCCGCCUGUGGUGGACCUCUUGAGAGCUGGUCGCUGCAGCGUGGUUCUAAACCGAAUGGAGAUGGAAGAGGAUGAUCAAAGUGAUGAUGGAGAAAAGAAGGACCGAGACAGAAGAGAAGAUGGUGAGAAGGAGUCCCGCAGAGCUGGGAGGGCCUCAUCUCGAAUCCCCACUUUCCAGAGCUUAGCGUCACGGAGACGUCCAACCGGCCAGGGCCUAGACUCAACCGUGCCCUCACCUGUGGUCAAGGCAGAGUCCUCCAGCAUCCCAGCGCAACCCAGGGUCAAAAGCAGCAGUGGAGGGGCCAAAGCAUCAACCACAAGGGAAACAGCUCUACCGGUCCCUUCAUUACGCCUUCCCAUCGGCAGUGUGGAAGCGGGGCUGUCUAUUGGGUUUGAGGAGCUGCCAAACUGCCCACUGGAGCCAGCCCUGUCCAGGUACAGGAUGGGUCUGUCGGCGAUGUCUGAUUCAGCCACCAGUGACCCCCUGCAGUCCCACCCCCCCAUCCUCAUCCCUCGGCCGGCCCUCAGGGCAGAAUCGGCCCCUCAGUUGCUACGUGGACUCUCCGCUGUCCUCCAGGAAUUCCCUGUUUCAGAGGAAUCUCAGGAUGAAGUAGACAAGCUGGAAGAGAUAGAGUCCGAGGUCCAAACGGAGACUGGUGCCAGUGGCUUGCAAGUUUGUGGAGAACUGCUGGAGGCCACCAGUGUGGACCUGGACUCUGCUAUGCAGGAGAACGAGAACUGCUGUGACGACGAAAGCACACCUGUGUCCACCUGUGAGCUGGCUGGGGAAGAGUCCAGCUCAGAUGACAGAGGCAAGCAGUCGCAGUCCAUGGAGCCAGAGGCUGAAGAGGCCCAGUCCCAUGUCAUGACCAGAGAACAGGGUCCCUGUCGCAAGAUGAUGGUGGGAGGAAGACCUGAGGAGCCAAAGGGUGAAGUGCAUCCCAGGAAGGGCUAUGAGAUGAGACAAGCUUCACUGCUGGAUGAUGGUCAACCUUUAGCCACCUCCACCCAUCCUGGGAGCAAGAGCAGGCUCAGCUCUCAGAGACCACCCAGGACGUGUGGCCUGUGCUCGCCCCUCAGCUGUCUCAUUCUCUCGAGCGUGCUCCUUCUGGGUGGACUGGGGCUGCAUCUGUGGCGCUACGGGACACCCUGCUCUAUGUCGCAACUGCUGGUUCAGCUGCAACUGGAUUGGUUGGAGAGCUUCUGGGGGACUCAAGAUUCCUGUAGCUCAGACUGCAGUUUUUCUCUGGUCGAGAGUCUCCCUGAAGGCCUGCAGUUUGGUGCGGGGUCGCCCACUCUGCCCCCCAUAUCUGGGGCCUGGUUGAAGCUUCUGAGUCAGGCCAACAGGACCGUGAGCAUCGCAGCCUUCUACUUCACCUUGCGGGCCACUGACCUCGGACUGCAGGAGCCAAGUGCCCUUGAGGGUGAGCAGGUGUUCAAUCAGCUGAUGCAGCUGAAAUCCAAAGGGGUGGAACUCCAGAUUGCUGUCAACAGCCCCCAGUCUUACCCACAGGACACUGCUGACCUGGCAGCUGCAGGUGCAGAGGUACGGGAGGUGGACUUGCAGUCCGUCACUGGGGGCAUCCUCCACACCAAGCUGUGGGUGGUGGAUGGGAAGCACUUCUAUGUGGGAAGUGCUAACAUGGACUGGCGGUCCCUCACACAGGUGAAGGAGGUGGGCGUGUCUGUGGAGAACUGUAGCUGUUUGGCCGAGGAUGCAGCCCGAUUGUUUGGCAUCUACUGGCACAUUGGCGCUCACCGGGGAAGCCCUUUGCCUCCAUACUGGCCUGUUCGCUACUCCGCCCACUCAAAUGCAGAGCGCCCCCUGCGGGUCAAGCUGAAUGGCAUCCCUGCUCAUGUCUACCUCUCUAGCGCCCCCCGGCCGCUGGAAGCACAUGGCCGCACGGACGAUCUCUCUGCUAUCCUGUCAGUCAUCUCUGAUGCCCGCAGAUUUGUCUUCAUCUCCGUCAUGGACUAUCUUCCUUUCUCUAGCUUCUCUAAACCGCCAAGAUUUUGGCCGGCUAUCGACUCUGCUCUGAGAGACGUGGCGUGCAGCAAGGCGGUGGAGGUGAGGCUGUUGGUCAGCUGCUGGCCACACUCCCAGGGCGCUAUGUUCGUCUUCCUGCAGUCCCUGCAGGUCCUCAGCCACUCUCCGCUGAGCUGCCCCAUUCAAGUGAAGGUAUUUAAGGUUCCCUCCACGGAGGAGCUGCAUGAGAUUCCCUUCGCAAGAGUCAACCACGCCAAGUACAUGGUGACAGACAGGGUGGCAUAUAUAGGGACGUCCAAUUGGUCUGAGAACUACUUCACCCAAACGGCAGGUGUGGGGCUAGUGGUGAACCAGACAGGCUUUGUGGUGGGCCCCGACCAGCACACGGUGCAGAGCCGCUUGCACGAGGUCUUUGAGAGGGACUGGAACUCUGAACACACGCACAUCCUUUCAGAUGAACACCUUACACACUGCAGACACUUGCACUCUGAUUAGGAUGUAUUCAAUCCAAUUAGAUGUAAAAAAAAAAAAAAAAAUUACAUAUUGGAAAAUAAUCAGACACACAACUACAACUGUCAUCUAUAACUGCCAUGCAGCACAGAAGACUUGAACAUGUAACAUGCAGCCUCUGACUAUGGAACAAUGAAUAUAAUGGAUGUUUUUCUAAAUUGUCACUAUUAGAAAAUUGCCAGAACUCAGCAGACUUUUACAAAAUCAGUUUUAAAUGGAAAAGUAGUUUUUUUUUAUGAGGUUAAUAUGGAACCUUGAAGGUUCUAAAUAAUGUAGAAAUGUUUUUGUAAAGCUUUUACUGCUUUAUAUAGAAAGUAUCUCGCUUGUGCACAGGGGAUUUGAUGCAGCAGAUUAUCAUGUAUAUAUUUGCUUUUUCAAAAAAGUGAAAGUUAAAUAUAUUUGUAUUAAAAGUCUAUAAAUGCCUUCUUUGUGUUUCACCCACUGCAUCCGUGAGAACCAUUUCAAUCACGGCACAGUACUGACAUACUGAUGAUAAA